UCUCUAAAGCCUGGCCGAUAGAGACAGAGAAAGAAAGGGGGGAGAAAACAGAAAUUAUUAUUCACAACCGUGUUGGAUUUUUAUGAACCACGGAGCCGACUCUCACCGGACUCACCGGCCCACGAAGCGCAGCCCGGUCCGGACCGCUGCUUUCGGAGCUACAACAGCGAGAGAAAAAAAGGCGUGUUUUCCUUUUUUAAAAUGACGGACUUUGCUUCGCUGUGUGUGUGUAGGUCAGCCUCAGAAAAGCAGCUUUGGUGAAACAGCCUUCAGCCUUCUCCACGGCGGAUUUCUCUCUUCUCUCUCUCUCGCUUUUUUUUUUUUUUUUUUUUUUAAUGAGGAUUUGCAAGAUGGCUGAUGACAGCUAACAAGGACAGAAACUCGACGUCCCCUUUAAGACCAGGAGGGUAUAUUUUUGUAUUAUUAUUUCUUUAAAUAAUAGGGGAAAAAAUCAGUUUAAAUAGGUAAAUAUGGCUGCUUUGAGACAGAAUGACCACGGCUCGUAUUAGCGCCGCUGUAGCUGUUUUAUCCGGUGGAAAAUGGUGAGGUGACGUCUGAGCUAAUUCAACGCGAUUUAACCGAGAUAAGGAAGUAGAUAAAUAUGUUGUUGGCUAAAGGCUGAGGCGACGACGAGGCGGAGACCGAAGCGAAACGAGAGCCGAGCAGCCCUGAUCUUUGUGCGGGCAGCUAUCUGAUAGAUGUGUCGGAGGGGGGACGAGGCUCCGCGGCAGCAGCAGCAGCAGCAGCAGCAGCUCAGCCAACAUUCCUGCGGAUCCUAAAAGCCUUUGUUUUGUGCGCAGGACUCGACUAUUAAAAACGACCAACUAUGCAGUAAACAGCCUCGGAAAUGACGGGCCCCGGUAUGAUUUGCCGUUUAAUGAGAUUAUAAGGCCUUUGUUGUCGAUGGAAAAGUGGUUGGGGAAAUAAAUAAUAAAAUAAAAAAAAUAGGAGAAGAAGAAGAAGCCGAGGCCUUGUGUACAGAUAUGCGAGCUGUGCCACAUAGCAGCCAGGCGUUAUUCAUCGGAUAGGGCUCCAGAGGUACCUGUGUCGUUCAUCUGACCUGUAAAACUGCAUUUCUACGUCUCCUGCCGGGUGUUCUGUGUGAUUAAAUGGCUGCUGGAGGCUCCUCGGAUACUUAUUUAUGAUUCAGCGGACAAAAGCGUUGCUGCGUUGUGAUUACUGAGGGGCGUCCUUGAGGUCCUGCUAAAACAGAUUCAGGUUUUUUUUUUUUUCUUUAAAAGAAGCUCUCUUGUGUGUGUGUGUGUGAAUAGUAAUCAGGGUGUGGACUCCAGCGGUCCUUUCUCAUGCUUUUCAUGCUUGGUUUGUUGGUCUGAAUUGGUCAAUCAUAAUUCAAGUGAAGGCAGCUCUUAAGGUAAAGGGCCUGAGCAGCAGCAGCAGCAGGAGGAUCAAGUGUCUGGUUUUUUCUUUUUUCUUCAUGUGCUAAACACAGAUAGAUUCCUGAUCCUUGUGUAGAUAUUUAAUUCUCCGUGCCUUGUUUGCUGGUUUACCUGUAGCGGACAGGCUUUUUGCUUCCUGCAGGCCUAUAAACACACACACUGCAGGCCGGCACAGUCUGUGAGAGUGAUUUAGGGGAAUAGGAAAGCACCGUUUACUGUAAUCUGCAUAACGUCAGCCUCUGUUGCAUGUGUUGAAAUCACCAAGGUGUUGUCAUCCUCGCCUGAAGCCUUCUUCUGGUCUUUUUUUUUUUUUUUUCUCCUGGAGUUUGCCUUCAUGCUGCAGUAAUAAGCAAUACUCGUCAUCUGUCAGGGAGACUCGUCUGGUCACAAGGGGUACGCCGGCUGAUCCGUCAGGACGGCACCGGUUCUGUUUUUAUCUCUUUCUCAAGACUCGUUUUGAUAGCGUCGGGUUUCCUGUGAGCGGCGCAGAGGCCUAGAGGUCUGGGAGAAAGCAGGGAAACAGUUAGUGUAUGCCUGCCUGCACCACCAUGAUGGCCUCUGACAUGGCUGAGACGUGGAGGAACUGUUUCGAGGAGGAGCUCAUCUGCCCCAUCUGCCUGCACGUGUUCUCAGAUCCCAUCCAGCUGCCCUGCAAGCACAACUUCUGCCGGGGCUGCAUCAGCGAGGCCUGGGCCAAAGACUCCUCGCUGGCCCGCUGCCCCGAGUGCAAUCAUGCUUACACGCAGAAGCCCAGCCUGGAGAAGAACCACAAACUGUCCAACAUAGUGGAGAAGUACAACGCCCUGAGCGUGGAGAAGGCCACCACGCCGGCGCUGCAGUGCAUCCUGUGUCGCCGAGGCCCGCCCCUCCCCGCCGUGAAGGUGUGCCUGCGCUGCAACGCCCCGUGCUGCCAGUCCCACGUCCAGACGCACCUGCAGCAGCCCUGCUCGGCCCUCGGGCACCUGUUGGUGGAGGCGGAGGCGGUGAAGGCCUGGACCUGCCCGCAGCACGACGAGUACAGGCUGUACCACUGCGAGGCCGAGCAGACGGCGGUGUGCCAGUACUGCUGCUUCGCCCGCUGCCACCCCAGCCACGGCCACGCGGUCACGGACGUGGAGCUGCGACGCAACGACAUCAGACAAAACCUGUUGAGGCAGCAGGAGCGCGUGGAGGAGCGGGUGCAGGAGAUCGAGGAGCAGCUCUGCAAACUGGACUCGGACAAGUGUGUGGUGGAGGACAGGGUGUGUGAGCUGAAGGAGGAGGUGCGCCUGCAGUACCAGCGGAUGCACCAGCUCCUGGAGGAGGAUCUCGGUCGGACACUGGAGGCUCUGGAUCGGGCUCAGGCUCGGUUCUGCCAGGAGAACGCGGCCCAGGUUUUGGCGCUGGGAGAGCAGCGCCACGAGGCCCAGAAGCUGCUGAGCUCCAUCCACACGGCCUUCAGUAAGGCGGAGGAGCUGAGCUUCAUGAAAAACACCAAGCCUGUGAAAAUCCUCACAGACAGGUCUCAGGCAUGUGUGGGCAGCAGUCUCCCUCCGUACAAAGUCGGUAAUCUAAACUCCAAGCUUUUCCUUUCUGAGAUCUCAAAAAGAGAGAAGAGCUUGAAAAGAACACUUGAAGCUCCCCUCACCCCUCCCUCGACCUUCCUGCAGUCUGUUCCUGCGUAUCCCAGCGGUCAGAGCUCCGCCUCUGGAGCAGAGAAACGGAAACAUUCCACUGCCUUCCCCGAGGGAAACGGGAGCGCUGGAAAAAACGCCGCUCCGGGUUUCAAAGACUCGUCCUCCUCUUCCUCGUCUUCUUCCUCGUCGUUAGCCAAGCAGCCCUACCUGGGCUCCGGCUCUGCCUCCGGAGAAGGCCAGUCCACCAAUCAGCAGCCUCUCGGCCCCUGCGGCCCGCCGCACAUCAGCGAGAGCGGCGGGACGGGAAGCGGCAGCGGCUCGUUGACCAACCACCACUCGGGCUCCGUGUUCAGCUCCUCACACUUUCCCCCCGGAGGCAGCAGCUCCUCGCACUCCUCCCAGCAGGCCGUGCUGCCUCAGUACGGCGGCCGCAAGAUCCUGGUGUGUACGAUGGAUAACUGCUACUGCUCCGGAGUGCCCUCUGUGUCGGGCCACCGCAGCCAUCCCCCGUACCCGCGCUCGGGCUCCUUCCCCUGGGUCAGCGCCCAGGACUACCCCCCUCCUCCCGGCCUGGCCUCUGGAGGUCCGUCCAUGCAGGGCCUGGCGGUGAGGGACUGGAUAGACGCCUCACAGACGCACAGACAUGCAGAUUUCUACGGGCUGUAUGGGCAGCCAUCGACAAAGCACUACGUCACCAGUUAACAGAGCAGACACACACACACACACACACACACACACACACACACACACACACACACACACUUGGAUAUAGAGACAGGCACCAAACUAGCACACCUUUACCGACUUAUUAACCGGAAAAUACGCAAUGCAGUUACGCUAUACACACGUUAAAAUAAAUGUUUAUAUCACACACACACAGAUCUAGAACAUGUACACACAUUCGGGGGCAGGGUUGAUCUCUUUGUGUUUUUAAUUUUUUUCUUCCUUUCGUUUAUUUUCGGUCAGUGUUUCAUGUAGUGUAUUAUACGUAAAAUGCAUAAAACAGCCAACCGCUCACUCUGGCACAACUCAGCUCAGCAUUUUACACACCGACGGGAGAUGAGAAGGAGAGGCCUGAAGAGGAGAGAGGGUGAGAUGCAUCUUUUUUUAUAUAACAUAGAGUAGGAGACGGAUUGAUAGGAAAUGAACUUUUAUUAGGAAAUCUUCUCCUGCUUCUUGGAGGCUUCUCACCGAGGCUAAAGGGAAAUACCUUGCAGUGUUGAGCUUUCCAGCUUCAGCUCAUGUUUCUCUGAUAUAAUCACCUCUCCAGUUGUACUGAGGUCAAAUGCCUUAUGUUAUUAGCAUCACGUUUUUCUCCGCAUAGCUGACUUUGUUUGAUAGAUCCUUUGGAGCGGGACCCCGGUCCCCUCGUGUCUCUUCGGUUGUUUAUCAUCAUAGCACUUCUUCCUUUCUUUGCUGAGUUCAGGGAUGGAUCGUACAGCUUGAACACAAAAAAAACGCUCUUCCAUGGAACACCCACAAUGCACUUGUGGACGCCUUGCUAUGCCUGGACUACAGAUGCUGACCCGCAGAGGGGGACGAUAGAGCCGCGUCUCAAGGCCCGGCUGACGACCCCCCAACCCGGUCCUCUGUGUUUUUGAGAACUGGGCCUGUAUUCCUAGCACUCGUUCCUGCUGCCACAGAAGGACAGAAAAAAAUCUUACAAAAGACUGUUUCCGUUUAGUGAUUACUGACAUUGUGUUGUUUGGUACGCCUGUAGGCUUCACGCUUGUCUAGAAAAGACUCUCGGGUUGUAGAGAGAGAGAGAGACAAGACUGGACAGACCAAACCGACGGAGCAUCUGGAUGAUCUGAUGAUACUGUUAUUGUACUUCCUGCAGGGCAAAGAUGUCACUUCUCUCAAUAAGCACACAAGCUCUUGGCUUCCUGUUUGCAGCUGAAAGCAUGCAAGGAAGAGUUUUUUUUUUUUUUUUAAAGCACUCAAAAGAAGAACAAUGGGGGAAAAGAAACUACGCCGUUUUAAAAUGAGUGUGUGACAGAAGCGAAGGGUAGGAGGAACUUUUUUCAUGAACUUUUUCUAAAAAAGAACAAGACUGGACUGCGAGAUGUAAGCGACGGUUCAUCAUCCUAAAAAGGAGCUGUUACAACAGCCAACGUAAAGAGAAAACAAACAAAAACAAAACAUAAAAGUAUCUUUUUUGUAAAUAUUUUGUGAAAUGGAAAAAUUACAGACGUGAUUUGGAGGAGGGUUCCAAAUAAACGAACAAAUUUAAACCGGU